AAGUCGAAGCUCCCUGACCCUGAGAAGUUCGCUGGAAGUACAUACAGAUUCGAUACCUGGCUCCCGUUAAUUAAGGCCAAGCUCUCUAUUAAUAGAUCGGCAAUUGGGGACUCCACUGCCCAGUUUUACUACGCUUACCUCAAUCUGGAGUCUUCUGUCCAAUUAAUGGCUAAAGACAAGCCCUAUGCCCUCCGCCAAGGCAAUGAUUCCCUUCCUGCCUAUAUUGCCAAGUUUGAACGUACCCUAUACGAAGCGAAUAGCCAAAGCUGGCUAGAUAUUAAUAAAAUUUCCAGCUUUCGCAAUAGCCUCAACUCCGCAAUUCGCUCUCGUUUG